UAUCAGCAGCUAGACAAUUAUUCAGUGAUCUUUCCUUGUGUCCAUGUUUUCGGACAUAGCAAUCCUUGAAAAAAUGUGUGUAGUCUCAAUGCUCACGGCGUUUGUGUAUCCACCUCCUAGGGCCAGUUAUACAUACUGUAGCCUACCAAUGACAUGUAUCAACUCGGUUUUUUUGCCAUUUAUUUCCCCCACCUACGUGGCAACAUAAAUACUUUUUCAGAAGUCAUAUACUGCUCUGCCCACUCUCCACUUGCCCAUUCAUUGUCCAGCUGUGCCUUUCUAGCCCCUGUACUGUAAAUAGCAACUCCUGCUUUAGAGGGUCUCUGACUCAUUCCCUCCAGUCACGAUAAGAGGGUCAAGAGUGAAAUGCUGAAUGAACUUAUUGUGGGUGACACCAGUGGAAAGCUGCAUGUUUACAAGAAUGAUGACGCCAAGCCUUGGAUCACUAGAACAUGUGUGGGCAUGCUCACCUGUGUUGGUGUUGGAGACAUCUGCAACAAAGGAAGGAACUUUGUAGUUGCUGUGGGUGCAGAGGGAUGGUUUCACCUGUUUGACCUGUCUGCAGUGGCAGGAGCCAAGUCAGAUUCAUCCAGCCAGCAGGAGGCGCUGUUCUCUGAUGACCAGAAACCCUGCUUCUCUCAGCACAUUCCUGCCAACACCAAAGUCAUCCUUAUUAGUGACAUAGAUGGGGAUGGGCGCAGUGAGCUUGUAGUGGGAUACACAGACCGUGUGGUGAGAGCGUUCCGCUGGGAGGAGCCUACCGAUUCUUCAGACCUGAGCUCUGGACAGCUGGUCCUGCUGAAGAAGUGGCUUCUGGAGGGACAGGUGGACAGCCUGUCAGUAAACCCAGACCUAGAGGGACUUCCUGAACUGAUGGUGUCCCAGCCUGGUUGUGGCUUUGCCAUCCUGCUCUGCACAUGGACACAACAGGGCUCCUCUGAGGCGGGGCCUGGGGAGGAGGCUCCACCCACUCCUGGCAGCGAGGGUCCCUCCAGAGACGUCAUUCUGCAUCUGACCACUGGUCGGAUCCACAACAAGAACGUUUCCACCCAUCUCAUCGGGAGCAUAAGCAGAGGCUCCAAAGGCGGCGACUCUAAAUGUGGCCUGUUUGCCCUCUGUACUCUAGAUGGCACCCUGAAACUGAUGGACAGUUCAGAGCAGUUGAAAUGGUCAGUGCAGGUGGAUCACCAGCUCUUUUCUCUGCAGAAGCUGGACGUCACAGGCGACGGCAGAGAGGAGGUGGUGGCGUGUGCCUGGGAUGGUCAGACCUACAUCAUCGACCACAACCGCAUGGUGGUGCGCUUCCAGUUUGACGAGAACGUCAAUGCUUUCUGUGCAGGUCAGUACACCUGUAAGGAUGGCAAGAACAGCCCCUGUCUGGUGUACGUCAGCUUCAACCACAAGAUCUAUGUGUACUGGAGGGUGGAGCUGGAGCGCAUGGAGCCCACCCAUCUCCUUAGGGUCCUGGAGGAGAGGCCAGAGUUCAAGGCCCGGCUGGAGCAACUGGGAGUGGGGGCCAGCUAUAUGAAGGGUCCAUCCGUAAUGCAUGGCAUCCUGCUUCUACAUGAUGAUGUCACACUUUUUCUGCAUCACCUUCCCAAAGCAACCAUGGUCAUGCAUUCUAAACUCCCCAGUUUAAGUGAAUGCCGGUAGAAGAGGUCCUCAAAGCAGCAGGGAGCUCCUCCACUGGCUGAGCUGUCAUUUAUGAUUCAUCUAAAGCAGUGCUCUCAUCUGCAUUUCAAAACCCACUCUGACCCAACCCCACUAAAGACAGUUUAAUACAGAGCAGUCCCAGCUCCCUCAGAGGGACUCGAACUUGCAACCUUUCAAUCAGAAGGCGCUCAUGCCGCCAGAGGACAGACAGGUCAUAUGAUCAUUGUCUGGUCAAGGGUCAUAGCCACCAUUUGUGUCCCUGACAGACGCCGAGGACAGGGAGGCCGUGAGAGAGCUGGUGGGAGACGCACUCUAUGGACACACGCUGAAGAAGCAGGCCGGAUGACCUUAACACGACCCUCACCUCUCCUCCUCUACCCCCCCGUCUUUCUCCUCGUUUAUGUAAAUACUCUGAAUAAAGGCUGAAUCACACACUGA